UUGCAAGUCACAGUAGUGUAUGUAGGUUCAAUUUUACAACCGCAAUUCACUCAGAUUCAUUUUAGCGACCCUUCGUCCCCCUUUGGUGGAGAACUGCUUAUCGGUGGUACUGAUCCGGCGCGCUACGAAGAGCCGAUCAUUUGGGCCAGUAUCACAAAGCAAGGCUACUGGCAGUUUCAGAUGGACGGCGUGUUUGUAGAAUCUGAAAGCACUGGUUGUGCUGACGGCUGCCCGGCGAUCGCCGACAGCGGCACUUCACUGUUCGUUGCCCCUGAGGCAGAAGUGGAAGCGAUCGCAAAGCAAGUCGGUGCCGUAAAGAUGAUCAAGAAUCAGUUCCCUUUAAAUGGGACGGAUUACGUGCUUAAGGUAAGCUCUCUUUUCUUUUUAAACCGUUUGCCUUUCGUUACAGUCCGAAUAUUGCAGGUUACUCGAUUUGGCCAGUCGGUCUGUAUCUUGGGCUUCCGAGGUAUGAAUCUUCCCAUCAAAAAACUUUGGAUCAUCGGCGAUAUAUUCAUCGGCCGAUACUAUACCAUUUUUGAUAUGGGAAACCUUCAAGUUGGUUUCGCCAAGGCAAAGCCUGCCUCUUGA